CUCACCUUUAAGAGCUUGAACCGGAGCUCCCUGACUUUAAUUCUGACCCGGCUCGUCUCGGUUCCACAGAAGAUCCCGGUGGGGCCCCACACGGAACCCGUGAGGUGAAGCGAAGCGUCUACCUGCUCGKCCCUCCGUGUUGUCCGCUCGUCUUCCCUCGCUGUGACGGCCCGAGGAGCGAGCAUGCUGCGGCGGCCUGGCGGGUCCAGGAGGCGGAGCUGAGGGACCGUCUGCCGCCAUGGAGGACUUCUCCACCCGGACGUACGGCACCAGCGGACUGGACAACCGGCCCCUGUUCGGGGAGACGUCCGCUCGGGAUCGGAUCAUCAACGUGGCCGUGGGCGGGUUUACGUCUGUGGUGGUCCUGGUGACUGUAAUCGGAUCRUUCGUGUUCUCGAUGCCUCCGCGGCCGCUCAACAUCUUCUUUGCCAUCUGCAUCCUGUUAGCGUGUGGAUCCACUGUAGUGUUGAUCUUCUGGUACCGGCAGGGAGACCUGGAGCCAAAGUUCAGGAAKCUGAUCUACUACAUGCUGGCCACCAUCGUGCUGCUCUGUCUCUGUGCCAACCUCUACUUCUUCGACGUCAGGUAAAGAUGGAGGACGACGGGUCGGCUGACGCUGGCCGACGGCGGAAAAACGACACGACCAAAACAGUUGAACAGAGGAGGCUGGGACCAGAAACCGCAGACAGAAACCGUUUCCUGUUGGACGAAUUAUGCAAACRCACCACAGAAUCGAGGUGUGGAUGAAAAACGCUCAUCCUGAAGGAUCUGUGAGGACCAGAGAUCAAACAUGAUCCUUUUCUUURCACACGUUUCAACUCAAGUAGCCGAUUUGUUUUAUUUUAGACGUCUGCCAAAGAAGGAGUGAUAAAUAUCCACUGUCAGAGCAGAGAGCAGCCACAGGGGGGCGCCAGAGAACUUUAGUCUGUUUCUAAAGAGAAAAACUGAAGGAGGUGGUUCCAAACUGUUAAUAAACGAGCUGAUGUUACACCAGAUUCAGAACUAUGAGACGGCACCAGAAUCUGGGUCUCACCGGGCUGCCAGGGUUGUUGAAAGAGUCACAAAAUGUUUUUGAUUAUCACAGUUUGGCUUCAUAAAUCCUCAAAUCCAUCUGACUCAAAACUAAAAGACGGGCAGCGUCACUACACCAGUGGUGUCCAACCCUGAUCCUGGAGGACUGCCAUCCUGCAGGUUUUAGUUUCCCUGCUCAGGUUGGUGGCCCACCAGGACCAGGACCAGGCACCACCGAAGCAGGAAAGCAGCAGUUCUUCCAGAAACUUGAUUUGUUUUUGCAGACGAGCUCUCGCUGCCCGCUGACCGUSGAUGACUUGAAGCCAUAAAUGAAGAAUUAAACAGAUUUUAUACAGAAACCUGCCACUCUAUUAAACUUUGCACUAUUGAUCCUGCUGCUGGUGAGAUCUGAAUCUUUUCYUGAUUUUCACAGUUUGUCUUGUUUCUGCUCAAACUUUGCAUUGAUUUAAAAAAACAGCUUUAUUUGUUCCUCCUGGAUUCAGUCACACAGCUUUGUUUACAUUCAUUCUCAUGUUUAACCUGAUGAAAUGACAGCUGAGGCUGAUUUAGUGCUUUAUUUUGAAUUAUUGAUUAAAUUAUUUGUCAUUUAAGAAGCUCACACCAGAUGUUUAGCUCAGCUACCACAACACAUCUGUUUGUAGAUACCAUAACCUGAGUUUCAUGAUAUUUUGUUAUAUUUUUGUAGCACUCUCAGCUGCCUCACUAAACUUAAGGUUUGUAAUACUGAUUAUGUUUUUUAUGGUUUAACUGCGGCGGCCAUCUUGUUUGAAUCAUGAUAUAUUUUGCUAACAAAAGCAUCCUUACAGCGUCAGUAAAUGCCUUUUCUGUUCUGGACUCUGUAAAAAAGUUGUGACCAAAUCUGAGAAACUUCUUUUAUAUUUUUCUGUUUUUCUGCUCGACGUCAACAAAGAUCCAAACCGAUGAGGAGGAGGAUGAUGCCUUCGUCACAAAGCUUUUAACAAACGCAGACAUGAAUGUGUGAAAACGGUUUGUGGAGCCAAGAUGGAGAUCAGGUGCAGAGAAAUAAAAUGAAAAGCAACACGA